AUGAAGAUCAGCUUCGCAGCUCUUGCAGCCUUUGCUGCCCCCGCAUUUGCGCAGUCUACGACUGCAGGCCCGCUGACGCCAGCUGUGACGCCUCCGUGGGCGUCCUCGGAUCUGCCUCGCUGGUCGUCCGUGUACAACUCGCUCGUCUCCGAGGGCAAGAUCCCAUCGACACUCACCAACGCACCCUGGCCCACAGGCAGCUACGGUCCCGGCUCCGGACCAUGGGGUCCAGGUCACGACGAUGACGACGAUGACAAGUACGGCCCAGGCGGUCGCGGCGGUGGCCCCGGUCGCUGGGGAGGACCCGACGGCCCAGGGCCGUGGGGCUCAAGCAGCUGGGGCCCGUGGAGCGAGUGGUCAACAAAGAGCGAGUGGCGCAGCGGGCCGUGGACAGCGUGGUGGGGCGGUAGCGCGUGUCCGCCGUCGGACUGGCCCGGAUGGACUGCAGGACCGUGGAGUACUGCGGCGCCAUGGACGACGUGGUCGGGCUGCACGGCUAGCACGACGUCAACGAGCGUUGGGACCGCGACUGUGAAUGGCACGUUCACGCCCACGACGGCGUACGGGCUGCAGGUUGCCGCGGCCAGUGCGGAUACGACAGAUGCGUUGACUACGGGGAGUACCGGCGGCGCUGAUGCGAGGACGGCGAGUCUUGGAAUGGCGAUUGGUGCUGCUGUGCUUGGCUUGGCUGUUGGUCUUUGA